CGGACACACCACCAGACAGGAAGAGAGGCAGAGAGGGAGGAGGCCAGAGGCUGCCCUGCUCACCACUUGGAGGAAAGACUGAGAGAGGAGGGGUGAGGGAAGAAAAAGGGGAGUAUCCCGUCUUCUCUGCCCUUCUGUGCUACUGCAGCCCUCCCUCCCCCUCCCUCUCUCUAUGAUUCUCUUUCUCUCUCUUUCCCCUUACUCAUCUGUUUCUGUGGCUGUGCUGAGAGGAAGGGCACCUGCCGCUCCCUGAUGAUUCAGCCUUUCAGCUACUUGGAGCUCCACAGACAAGACAGCAUGUCCCUCCUGCCACUGCAGUGCCUGGCCGUCCUGUCCUCUGCAAUACAGCUACUGCAGCUGGCCCAUCACUUCGACACUGCCUCUUCUGCCCUAGUGCUCAGGUGAGUGAGUGAGACUGUUACACCACUGCUCCCUAGCAGACUAUGCAGAACAUUUAAGGAAUCGAAUCCUCUGGAAAUCUUCUUUUGUUUUUGCCUGCAGCAAAUUUAAUGAUUCUAUUUAUAGACUGAUGCGUUUCCUGUGAGAAAGCAUGAGUAAGGAACUCCUCUCCCUCAUGCGCAGAAGGCUGUCUACAUACCUCCCAGACUCUUAACAAGGUUGGACUCACUCUGAAUAGCUUUUGUACCUCUCUGAAAUCCCAGCUCUGACUCUGCAGCCUCAUGAUGGAAAACAUACUCGAGGAGACUGGUGGCAGACAGCCACCGUGUGAUGCUCUAAGUUAAUAGUUGAGGUGUUCAGAGACCCCUCAUCCAGCAGUUAAACAGGAUGACUGAGGGAAUGGAGGACUUCUCUGCAGGGCCAGCUCCCCCUCCUGGAUCGGCCUCCCCUACCAGCUCUACUGUUGAUACUGGACAAGUCCCAGAGGAGAAACCAGAGGAGACAGAGGCAGCUGGUGAGAGCGGGGAGGAUGGCGCAGAGGAAGGUGGUGAUGGGCAGCAUAUGGGGGCUUUGGGAAUUGUGGCCUUGCCAGGGACCUGCUGUGUGUGCAUAGAGAUGGAACGGAUUAACAAUUGCCUGCACUCUGAGAAAAUCUGCAUUCUUCCCAUCCUGGCCUGUCUGCUUAGCUUAGCCCUCUGCACAGCUGGCCUCAAAUGGGUUUUUGUGGAUAAAAUCUUUGAAUAUGAACCACCCACACACUUAGAUCCUAAACCCAUUGGACAGGACCCGAUUAUCAUAUCAGUUACCCCCACGCUGGGACUAACUAUGUCGAUUCCUCAUACAUCUACGUCUUUUGUCUCCUUGACCACCGCCAUUACCCCAGGACGACCUGAGGUUUUAAUGGAAGAGAAAUCAACACGAGGGCCAUACAUGCCUCAGUCCCCACGAGUGACUCUGUCUGAUCCCUCUGUUACACUGAAAUACAACGCUGAACGUCCUACCGUCCCAAAGCAGACUCUCCACCCUCAGACAACACAGGAAUUAAACAACGUCAUCAUCCCAACAAUCUCUGCCACCAGCACCGCCACUACAGCCAAGACCUCCAGUCAUGUGACGCGCUGCACUGACAGCCAGAGGAACUACUGUGUUAAUGGAGGGGAAUGCUUCACCCUUGAAAUCAUGCCAGGCAGCACAAAGUUUCUUUGCAGGUGCUUGGCGGGAUUCACUGGGCACCGAUGUGAACAAGCUGUGCUUAAGAAAGUCUCAGACCCAAAACAAGCUGAGGAGCUGUAUCAGAAACGUAUUUUAACAAUAACAGGAAUCUGCAUUGCACUCCUAGUCGUUGGAAUCAUGUGUGUGGUUGCCUACUGCAAAACAAAGAAGCAGAGAAAGAAGCUCCAUGACCGUCUGAGGCAGAGCCUGAGGAAUAAGAGGAACAACAAUACCAAUAAUGGUGCUGGCCCCAAUCUGGCAAGCUCAGCCAGAGGACGUCAGAUUUCGAACUUGCCUCUUAAAGAUUUGCAGCUUAUCAAUCAGUGUAAUGGGUCAACUGUGCAGCAUGCAGCUGAAGGGGAGACAGAAACAACCUUCUCCACAUGCAAAAAUGCUUUCUCUGCGUGUGAACCCACCACAUUCACCCACAUCUCCAGCCAAAGGUUUGUAUCUGACAUGACAACCCAGCCUCAGCUGUCCCCGGAGUCCCGGACCUUUCCUGCAACUCCAGGGUCUCCUCCAUCAGAGAUGUCAGCACCCCUGUCCAGCCUGGCUAUCUCUGUUCCCUCAGUGGCUUUAAGCCCCUCUGGAGAGGAGGAGCGUCCCCUGUUGUUGUCAAACACACGUCAGCCACACAAGUCCUUGAGCCGAGAUGAACAGAAGAGGACCUCAGCUCACUACAACCAUGGCCAUGAGGCACAUAGCUUACCACCAAGCCCACUGUUUACUAUGGAGAAUGGUAACUACCAAAUCAUAGGAGACCAUGACAACCCAGCUGUCAGCCAUAUGUUCUUAGCAUCACCUGAGAAGCUACUCAAUACAAACACCAACACCAACGACUACAGCACCAAAAGAGUCACCAAUGGCCAUGUGCUGCAAAAUGUGGAAUCCAGUACUGACAGCAUGCUAGUGAGCGAAACAGAGGAGCCUAAGGGGGAACACACACCCUUCAUUACUUCAGAUAGCAUCACAACCCUGUUGCUCAGAGCUAUGGACAUGAGCAGGACUAACCCAGCAUCACCAAAUGAUGACCUGCAAGACACGUCAUCCAGUCUCACCACCAAACAAGAUCCAGUCGCUGUGUAAUAUUAAAUUGCCGAGAAUCCUUUAUGUUGAGAGAAAAAUGGAAUAGUCACUAUUAAACCUUUAUUUUAUAUAAGAUUAUUUGCUGUGUAAAGACUUUUAAAGAGAAAUGGAAAAUUAAACUUUUAUUUUAGUGAUGUAGUAAAUAAAGAGUUUUAUAAAAAAAGAAAAAAACAUGUACAAAUAUGUUCAUGUCUUGUAGGUAAAGUGCCAUACACUAGUAUGUAGCAACAAUUCACAGUGUAUUUCAGUGCAGAAAAAAUAUCAGUGGUGCCUUUCUGUUGAGUAUGCUUAAGGGAACUGCAACAUUGCAUACUGGGCCAUAUAUUCACCAUCUUAUUCUUCCAGUUAACAAUCAAAAAUAACUUGCUGGCUGCUUUUAACGUCCUGCAGUUAGAAGUGCCCACUGACAUGACAGUUUGUUAUUAAAUUUAUACGAGGUGCAUGCUACGUCUCAAAAUGCUGUGAUGGAAUAAUGAGCAGUUUAUGUGGUUUCCUCUCCAGCCAUUUUACCCGACCAGUCAAUUAUCUGAUGUCCUUUUCUGCUGAAAUACAACACUGAACUUCAACACCUGGACUGAUGUUUAUGAAUAAAUGAUUAAUUACCUGCAUUUGAUGAGAGAUGGAGAAUGUUUGAAGCAUAGUGAUUUUAAUCAUCACCAUCCAGAAUCCUGCUGGUGAAUGAAUAUAAUAACUGUUAGAUAAAGGUGCAAUCACUAAAGUCUGGCUCUGUAGUGUUACUAAUACUGUCACUUAUAUGCUUAACAUAACUCCAUAGAUUUGUCUUUUGAGUAAAUUCCACACUGGGAUUUGAUCUACAUUUCAAAUUUACUGUUUCUAUGUUACAGGGGUACUGCACUGGUGUAUUGCACUUAGAUAAUGUUUAUAGACUCACAAGGGACAGAUUUAAAAAAAAUAAAAUAAAUAAAGAGAAUGGUCAGAGACAUCAGAGGAUGGUCAAUGAGACAUCAGAGGCCUAAAUACGCUGACUUAGUCCUUUGUAAGAGUCAAGCUCAAUGCUGGAUCCUACAUUUCCCAUAACGCUGGAAAGUAUCAUUUUGAAUGUAAAGUUUAAUUUCAUUCUAUGCUGGCAGGUAUCCACAUCUUCACAGAGUGCAGACUGACUCAAGUCAGGUGCUGCCAUCAGAAAAAAUAACUACUCGCAUGAAGACCAGCAGUGCUAUGCAAUGCACUUCAAGAGAACACUCCAGUUACUUGUGCCCUCCAUCAGCAGUACUGAAUGAUAUUACUGAUUGCAUCUUUAAAGGCAAGAAUAUCUGCAAAGUGUGUACUGAAUGGAAGACUGAAGAUAUGGCUCAUUUUGUCCUUCGUAAAGACAUCCAUGUGUCCCUGAGUAAUGCAUUUUGGGGAUUCUAAAAAAAAUUGCUAAAUAUAUACAUGAUGAUUAACUGAUUUAAUUUGUUCACUCAUAUCUCUGUUAUGAUUGACUUUUUUUGGUCUAAAUUUAGCUUGUUACAAUUUCCAAAAAAAGCAAGUGCACACAUGCAGUAUGCACUUAUUUUUCAACUACCUUAGCUUCAGUUCACAUGUGCAGUCUCUUAUGUGUGAUUUAAAAAAGAACAUUUUGUCAAUGUCUGCUAACGUGAACAUAGUUUAUAAAAAUCUGCCAAAGACUGUCACCACUUCUUGACCCUAGAAUAAACAGAUUUUAUUGAAGUAAAUUUAAAAAAGCAUUAUUGGGCUCUGUAAUCAACCAUAGUUUGUUGAAAUGUAUUUAUGUAGAAUCAGCAGUCAGCCUAGCAUCUGAGUAUGAUGUUAUAGAUAUGCUGCUCCAUGAUUAAUGUUUUAAUGGUGGCCAUACUUAUGUAUUUUAUAUUUGCAUUAAGAUUAUUUAUUAUUUGAUUGGUAUUUCCUGUUCAUUACAAACAUUAAUUACUGAUUUUAGUAUAAACAUUUAUAUUUUAACAUAUAUAUAGCCAACUGUCACAUGGUUAUUAGUACGAAAUAGAAAAUAACUACUUGCAUAUUUUGUCACUUGUAUGCUUAACAUAACUCACAAUGCAUUGCUUUUAGGUCUAGGAGUGUCUUCAAAUGAUGUAAAUACACCAUGGAAAACUUCAGUGCUGUUGUUUCUUAUUAAAUAUUAAAUCAGUUCUGUGUUUUGUGCCUCA